AUGUCGCCCACUGAUAUCUUCAGCACCACUCGCCGCGAACCUUCUGUCCGAUACGACCUCAACGCAAGGCAAGGAUGUUGUGAGAAACACCAGACAGAUUACGGCGGUUCUAAUUCAAACUUCCAAAGCAUACCGGCCACUUGGUUGUAUGGUAGAACCCAGAACUCGUCCAACAUCGGCGGCGGUGAUAGAAUAACUCUCAAAGUCCAAGCGCUUGCCAAGCGUCAACUAUACACUUGCAAAUAUAUUGAUGAGAGCAAGUUCCAGCACCACCCUGCACCACCUGAGAGUUGUUGGCAUAUUCCAGCAGCUAUAAAGCGCGCGAGCACAGAACUGACGAACAACCAACAAAGAAACAAACCCGCACUUAGCUUCAAAAUCUCGCAAUUUUUGACAAUGAAUCUCUUGACGAUCAUUCUCCUGGCAUUUACGGCCAUCGGUCCUCUCACUGCACGAGCCCUGCCCGGCUCCGAGGCGAAUGAACCCGCCAAAAAAUGCACUUGGCAGGUGCCCCGGCGACUCAGUACUGUUGUGCUAUCUAGCGACGCAAAUGAAGGUCCGGAUAGGAAAUCAGUGCUGCUCGCGCGCGGAAAGCAUCCCCAAAGAUUCUCGCAUAUUGUCUACGGUAGCAUCCUUAGUCACCUCUGUAAAGAUUGUUCCAUCUUGCACUCGUUGACUAUCGCUAAGAAAUCAGACUCGUCCUUGAUUGCUGGCUGUACGAACCUAAGUGUCAAUUCAGGAAAGGGCUACUUGCACAUAGAAAGAUGUUCGCGAUAG